UGUGACAGUCGGCAGUAAAGCUCGUGGAGACAAUAUAUGUAUUCAGGAUUUUUGUUUAUAUUCAUACGUUGUAGAGUCAUCGUAACAGAGUGGGCACGUGUGCACGCGGGGCUAACAGUGGAUAAUGACGAUGGAUCUACUUUAGAAGUACAAGAGGUUUAACACUCGUUGAAAUAUGUACGGUCAGAUUCAUGUCUGUGUUCGAGAGUUAGUGCUGGAGAAAUUCAAUCAAGAGGCAUGGGACAAAAUUAUAGAGAAGAGUGGAUUUGACGAGCGGGUCGAUUUUAUGGUGUUCCAUAAGUACGUUGACGAAAAGACGUUUGUUCUUAUAGGAGCUGUGUGUGAGGUAUCUGGUUUGGCACUACCAGCUGUACUUGAAGUGUUUGGAGAAUACUUCCUGACAUAUUGUCUACGUCACGGAUACGACAAAAUGCUACGGACGCUGGGUAGUGAUUUUGAAUCAUUUAUUCAAAACUUGGAUUCCCUACAUGCUCUACUAGCCAUGAGUUACAAGCAGCUCGCGGCACCUUCGUUCAGAUGCGAGACUGACGAAAAUGGCCAACUGUGGUUACACUACUACACUAUACGUCCAGGGCUUUACCCAAUUGUCAUAGGUCUGGUUCGUGCUGUAGCUAGAGAUCUUUAUCAGCAACACGCGGACGUAGAAAUGUUCAAGAAAACUACAGAAAAAGUGGAAGGUGGGAAACCCCAGGAGCACGUGGUAUUUAAAGUGACAUUAGCUGCCAGUAAGCGUACUUCGGUAGUGGCGAGGGUGGAAGAAAACAAACAAAAUCCAUGCACUUCCGGUUUGCUACAAAUAAGUCCGGACCAGUUCUGUGCAGCUUUACCCUAUCAUAUUGUGUUUGACAAAAACCUCAAAAUAAUGCAGUGCGGUACAAUGAUUCAAAGAUUCGUACAAAAUCGCAUCAAACCUGGUACCAAGGUCAGCGCCAUCUUUGACGUCAUUCAUCCUCAUAUGAACUUUAGCAUUGAAAAUAUACGGAUGUUCAUCAACGCUGUAUUCAUGCUUGAAGUAAGACAGGCGGCCAGAGGAAAUUGCAAACUUGUUUUAAAAGGACAGAUGCUCUGGUUGGACGACGUGUCCCACAUGAUAUUCCUUUGCUCUCCCCGCUUGACAAGCCUUACCGAACUUAUCGAAAUGAACGUCUUCAUGUCCGAUAUCCCUAUAUAUGAUGUAACGAGAGAGCUUGUUCUACUGAACCAACAACGUAUUGCAGAGAUUGAUGUGGCGAAGAAGCUGGACGAAACUACUGCCGAGUUGAAGAAGACGUCAGAAGCAUUGGAGUACGAAAAGAAGAAGACAGAAACAUUGCUGUAUCAGAUGUUACCAGAGAAGGUGGCUAUCGAGCUCAAAAACGGAAAAACAGUCGAAGCAGAGAAAUUCGAAUCUGUCACCGUCCUAUUCAGCGAUAUUGUCACCUUUACCAACAUCGCGGCUGCCAGUACGCCUCUGCAAAUCGUCAGUAUGUUGAACAAUCUCUAUCAACGCUUCGAUCAAUGCACUAACGUACACGAUGUCUACAAGGUAGAGACAAUUGGUGAUGCUUACAUGAUUGUGAGUGGUGUUCCGGAGGAAAACAAGAACCAUGCCAGAGAAGUGGCUCAUUUCUCCAUGGAUAUGAUCCGAGAGGCCUCGAACGUGCAUUCUCCUGUCAAUAACAAUCCUCUACAGAUCAGAGUUGGGAUCCAUUCAGGGCCCGUUGUGGCAGGAGUUGUGGGAUUAAAGAUGCCUAGGUACUGUCUGUUUGGGGACACUGUCAACACGGCGUCACGGAUGGAGAGUCACGGAAUCCCCGGUAGGAUUCAUGUUAGUCCAACAACCUACAGAUUUCUAGAAGGAAAUAAAUACCAGUUUCGUGACAGAGGUCAUAUAGAAGUCAAGGGCAAAGGACCUAUGAAUACAUAUUUUUUGCUUGGAACGGAAGCCAGUUUAUCAGAACCAAAGGACGAAUAUACAAAUCUGCCUUUAGUAAGGACACCCGGUGAUAUGUCACCACUUAAUGGUAUCAACGGAAAUGACAAGGCUGUUGAAAGGGCGGCAGAUCAUUGUGAGAGACAUGGAAUUAGUCCAAAUCAGACCUCAAAGACGUCACCGCCAGUUACUUCUAAGAACCAAAGUUCUACGUGUGUGUUGUCAUGAGAACUAACAUUAAUGUAGUCAGUCCAUUUCAAACGAUAACGUUCACUAGUCUUGAUGUCUGGUUCCGUUAUUAAAGUUUUAGUUUCGGAAAGUCAGUCAUUUUCAAAUAUUAUUCACGAAACAAAAAAAUAACAACCAAUUUCUGUUCAGAAGAAUACAAUCUUUUCUAAAAUUAUAUAUUUUUUUUUUAUCUUGAUAGCGAUAUUUAAAACCACGUCAUUAUUGAAGUUAUAUACUACGUCAUUACUGAGGUUUUAUGCUACGUCAUUGGUGAAGUUUUUUAUAACGUCAUUAGUGAAUUUUUUUUUAUGACGUCGUUAUUAAAGUGUUAUGUUUCGUCAUUACUGAAGUUUUAGAUUAUGCCAUUAGUGAUAUUUUAUAUUACCUCUUUAAUGAAGUUUUAUUCUACGUCAUUAGUGAAGUUUUAUAUUACGUCAUUAGUGAAGUUUUAUAUUACGUCAUUAGUGAAGUUUUAUACUACGUCAUUACUGA